GUGUGAGAGCAGCUGUGCCGCAUAGCAGGGUACAAGUUUCGAGGUUACGCGGUACAGCGCCGCCCCUGGCAUCAGUAGCUGGGUGUGUGAACCUCCCCAGCUGGCAGAUGGCUAUAGUAAUGGGAGGAGGUGAUUGCGUGUAAUGAUGACCGCGCUCACCUUCUCUCCUCAGACACCUGCUGCUGCUACCUGGAGGGAGGCACCGCUACCUGGUAGAGAGGCACUGACAGGGCUGGCACAUAAUGGGGCUCCUGGGAGCAGGAGAAAUGAGAGUGCUGAGUGGGGGAAUGUCUACUGAGCUGGAAGCCGCCGGGUUCCUGAAACAGGGAGACCCGCUAUGGAGUGCGAGACUUCUUCAUACUAACCCUCAAGCAAUUAAAAAUGUACACACCAAUUUCCUUAAGAGUGGGGCGGAUGUACUGAGCACAGCAACCUAUCAGGCAAGCAUUGAAGGAUUUAAAACCUAUCUUGGGAUGAAUGGUGAAGAGGCAACAGAACUGUUUAAUGUGGGAGUAUGUUUAGCAAAAGAAGCUGUGGAAGAGUUCACCAAACAGUCCCCAGACAAAAGAAAAGUUCUAAUCGCUGGAUCUAUAGGCCCAUAUGGAGCAUUCCUUCAUGAUGGCUCUGAGUACACAGGAAGUUACGUGAGAGACCAUAGUGUUGAGGAUUUAAAAAACUGGCAUCGUAAUCAGAUGCAGAGCUUAGCGUCCGCUGGAAUUGAUCUCUUUGCUUUUGAGACCAUCCCUAGUCAGAAGGAGGCAGAGGCCCUGGUGCAGCUUCUGAGGGAGUUCCCCAACACUAAGGCAUGGCUGUCCUAUUCAUGCCAGAACAUAUCAUCUACCAGCUACGGAGAGAGGUUUGAGGAGGCAGUAAAAGUCGCUGCAGGAACAAACCAGCUGGUGGCUGUGGGGGUGAAUUGCUGUUCCCCUGAUUUUGUUGGUCCACUCCUAACUGCUGCCAACAAAAACAGAGAUGUAAACAUUGAUUGGAUUGUUUACCCCAACAGUGGAGAGACAUGGGACAAUAGUUUGGGCUGGCAAACUUUUAAAGCUGAAAAGCGACUGUCUGACUAUGCUCUAGAAUAUGUCCAGCUGGGUGCCAGAUGGAUUGGAGGCUGCUGCCAGACCACUCCAUCUGAUAUUGCAAGUUUGAAAGAAAUUCUGCUGGCCAGCAAUCCUGAUGUGCAUUAAUGUAAAGCCUGACACCUGUAAGAGCUGCUGCUGUUGAAGAAUCAGAAUCAUCUUUUCUGUCAAUAAAGCAUUAAAUGUGUCAAAGUAAA